UUUCUCAGAUCACAACCCCAUGAGCAAGAUGAACAUAGAAGCCCUGAAGAAGAACAGACCGGAUCUUGUGAAGGGCAUAACAGCUCCAUGUCUGAAAAAUGCUCUCAGGAGGUUCAAAGCCAGGGACAUCUAUACUGAAGAUGAAAUCAGUGCCAUUGAAGGUGUUGCUGUCAUCUAUGACAGAGUUGGGGCCUUUCUGGAUGUCCUGAAGAGAAAAGAGCAGAGAGCGUUUUAUCACUUUUGUCAGGUUUUGAUAGAAAACAGGGCCAGUCACUUAGCUGAUUUAAUCAAAUCUUGAAGAGCUCCUCGCCACAACCAAACACCACUGCCUAGGUUGUACUUGCAUGACGAUGUGAAGGUUAACUGCACUUGGAGGACAGCUAGCAGAUUCAGUACUCAUUAAUGCUUACAC